GAGAGCUCCCCAUUCAUUUCCUCCUGAGUAGCCCACGAAGGAGGAGGGAAACGACAGAGCAAGAGAGAGAGAGAGAGAGAGAGAGAGAGAGAGAGAGAGAGAGAGAGCGAGCGACAGACAAGAGUCUGACCGCACAGGAAAACAAGACAGAGACAGAAAGAGACCUAAAAGGACUCAAUAAGGAUAUCACUUCUUGAUCUCACGUUCCAAGACUUCAAACAAGGAUGUUGAUGCUGGACGGGAUGCCUGUCCUGCGAGUCAGAGCAGAGCCCGUGCAGAUGCAGCGGCGGUCUCCCGAGAUCCAUAGCUAUGCAGACAUGGGCGUGUUGGUGAUGGAAAGAAGGUUCCGGACUCAGUCACCUGAAAAACGAUUUCCGUCAGACCUGUUCCAGAUGCAGACUGAGCCUGUCGACCUUUCCACCAAUAGAUCCCGCUCUUCACCGUCAUCAUCAUCGUCAUCAUCAUCAUCAUCAUCAUUGUCAACAUCGCCCUCUUCAUCAUUGCUGCGUUUCUCACCACGCUCCCCUCCAGUCUCAUCCACCAAGUCUCCUUCAUCAUUAUCAUCAUCAUCAUCAUCAUCAUCAUCAUUAUCGCUGACCUCAACCUCGCCUCCCUCCGUCAUAACGCCAGUGCCACGAUUAAAGAUGUCUCCGUCAAGGGUGACGUCUCCGCCCUCCAUCGCUCGCAGAGGGCAGCCGUUCCUGCACAUGCCCCAGGUCAUGCCUCCGUGCCACAGCCCCAUCCACCUGCACCCCCGCAGAGUCCCUGUGGUGGUACAACCCGUGCCGCUGGUCUACGCCGGGAUUGGCUCACUGGGACCUGGAGGCCUCAUGGCACCCAUGCUGGAAGAAAGCAGGAUACAUGGAAAAGUCAUACACAGAGUGCCAGAUGGACCGUCUCCACGGCGAUCUUUGAGUGACAGCGAGGACGAUGACCUGCCCAAUGUGACGUUGGACAGCGUGAACGAGACCGGCUCUACCGCCCUGACCAUCGCCCGUGCUGUACAGGACUCCAUGUUGCCGUUCAGCAUCGAGAGCAUCCGAAGGUCACGGCGGCCCGAGUCUCCUGACACCAAGAGGAGACGCAUCCACCGCUGUGAGUUUGACGGCUGCAGUAAGGUUUACACCAAGAGCUCCCACCUCAAAGCCCACAGGAGGACACACACCGGUGAAAAGCCGUAUAAAUGCACGUGGGACGGCUGCGCGUGGAAGUUCGCACGCUCGGACGAGCUCACGCGUCACUACCGCAAGCACACAGGGGUCAAGCCGUUCAAGUGUGGCGACUGCGAGCGCAGCUUCUCCCGCUCGGACCACCUGGCACUCCACCGCCGCCGCCACGCCUUGGUGUGAAGACACACACACACACACACACACACACACACACACACACACACGGAUGGACCAGUUUUAAGGGGUCAGAGUCAGGAUGUGGCUCGGGAAAGGCUGGACCUUUCCCUGAAUGUGCUCGUGGUAUUAAGAGAGAUAAUAAAGUCUAGUCAUGAAUGAAGAGUAGGAGUGCUGAUCAGUUUUUACCCUUUAUAUCCUGAAGAAUACAUUUAUAUAUCUAUAUCUAUAUCUGUAAGGAGCUGAUCUUGCUGAUCAUGCACUCAUAUUCUAAGAUAUUACAAAGACUUACAAAGUAUGAAGGAGAGAGAGAGAGAGAGAGAGAGAGAGAGAGAUUAUCAAAUAAUACCAGCGCAUAUUGCAGGGUAUGUCAAUCAUAAUCAGCAUUUAUAUGUAAGUUCAUUGCAAUUUUAAAACCCAGUUUAAGAGUAUUACACCAGUUUGUUUUAGCCAGUUAGAAACCUUAAUGUAAAUCGCUGUAUUUUUAUUUUUAAUUUUUUACUGACUGCAUCAACAGUGUCAGUUGUGAACUGUGAAGAAGAAGAAAACACAAAAAAAAACAAGGGCAGAUCACCUCUCCAAACUAUUUGCUUGUUUCUCAUCGGCGCAUGAGGACCAGAUUGUGUCAUUCGUCGCAGAUUUUCAUUCAGAUCAAAAACACAGAUGGAUAAUUAACAGGGUAUAAACCUCAGUGUGAAAAUUCCAUCCACUUAAUAUCGCUUUUUUCUAAUGGAAGAAAAAAAAAAAAAAAAGAAAGAAAACAAUCAGGGAUUUAUUUCCUGGUGGGAAAAAAAAAAAAAAAAAAAAAACUUUGCACACCUUUUGAUAUGGAAUGAGUGUUCACACAGAUUAAACAUAAGGUCAUAACAAUCCUAUUAUUAUUAUUAUUAUUAUUAUUAUUAUUAUUAUUGAAUUCAUGUACUGUGUUUCCCGAGAGAGCGAGAGAGAGCGAGAGAGAGAGAUUCAUUUUCAUUUAAACUGCAUAAUUUGUGCACAAACAUAGUGUAGCAGAUGUCUGUACAUUUAAAAAAAUAAAAAUAAAUCAUGCUCUGUAUGUGCAUUUUAAGUCAUGUCAUGUCAUGUAUUUGUUCAGUAUUUUUAUUGCACCCUUUUUCGAACGUAUGUGACGUCACCAUUUAUAUAUACGUGUUGUAUAGAGACGCCCGAUGACCGAUAAUCGAAAAGCGUCAUACCGACCUUCCUUUAACCUUUAAUCCUGUUUCUCAAUUAUGUAUUUGUAAAUGAUGUUAUUGUAUACAUUUCCUUUUUUUUUAUAUGGAUUGACUGUGAAUUUAUACAUAAAUAUAUAUAUAUAUAUAUAUGUUUAAUGGGCUGACUGAAGGCAUGAAUAAAAAGUCACUUAACACUUUAA